AUGCCUCCAAUCCCCGCAGCCGAACUUCAGUCCUUUUCCGAACAUCUCCAGAAAAGCACCCGAAUCCUCGCGCUUCUGGGUGCCGGACUAUCAGCAUCCUCUGGACUGCCCACCUUUCGAGGAGCUGGCGGUAUGUGGAGAACCUUUGAUGCAAUGUCGCUGGCGACACCUGAAGCGUUCAGCGAGAAUCCCGGAUUGGUGUGGCAGUUUUAUAGUUAUCGACGACAUAUGGCGUUAAACGCGAAGCCUAACCGGGCUCACUAUGCAUUGGCGAAACUUGCGAAGAAGAAUAAAAAUUUUAUAACGUUGAGUCAGAAUGUGGAUGGACUCUCGCCCCGGGCAAAUCAUCCAGCUGAACAGCUACAUCUCCUUCACGGCUCAUUAUUCGACAUAAGAUGUACCGGCUUCUACUGCAAUUACUCUACGAAAAACGAUUUUACAGAUCCACUUACCCCGGCACUGGCCAUACCAACCCAAGGUGUACAACCCGAUCCAUCCACGGACGACAAAACAGGCGAAGCAGCGACCAAGACACUAUACGAAGCCAUGAAAUCGACCAGCAUAGGGAGAACACCACCAGAGCUAGACAUAUCAGAUCCGCUCGUCCCACUACCGAGUCUGCAAGUCGAAGAUCUACCCAAAUGCCCCGAGUGUGGAGGCCUGCUUCGACCCGGCGUUGUCUGGUUCGGAGAAGGAUUGCCUUCUCAAACAUUACGCGCAAUCGACGACUGGAUAGCGGAGUCUCCGCGCAUAGAUUUGAUGCUUGUUAUAGGGACUAGUUCCAAGGUGUGGCCUGCGGCGGGAUACGUCGAUUAUGCGCGAGAAAAGGGCGCGCGGAUUGCGGUUAUCAAUAUGGAUCGGAAUGAUGCUCCUGGAGGAGCUAAUGGGUUGGACGCGGGCGAUUGGUUUUUUGAAGGUGAUGCGAGUGAGAUUGUUCCGGAGAUUCUGCAGAGUGUGAUUGGUGAUGAGUAG